AUGGAUCAUUUGUCUUCAGCCAGAUCAUCCGCCUUCGGCCCUCCGCCUUCGGCCAUCAACCUCCUGCAUUCUUCCUCUUCAUCAACAAAACACAAAAAGAGGGGACUCUCCCUCACUUACAAAAGGAGACUCAUCUCCUUCAAGAAAGGAGAAAAUCAUUUGCCUCAGCCAGAUCCUCUGCCUUCGGCCCUCCGCCUUCGGCCAUCACCCUUAGCCUUCGGCCCUCAGCCUUCGGCCAUUAUCCUCCGGCAUUCUUCCUAUUUAUUUUAUUGUGAUACGGCUGUAGUGGAAGAGAAAUUACAGCUUCAGAGGAGAUUGACUUGA